AGGGAAGUGGAAGGAAAAGUGUCGAGGGAAGGCGAUGGGCAGAAGAAAUUGGUAGAUGCUUCAGUCAGUUACAAAUGGGGUCUUGGUUGCGCCCUUUUUUGGCUCCAGCCCUUAAUUGGGUUUCGCCUCAAAACCUCCACAAAUAUGUGUCAGAAUGAUUCUUCAACCUGAUGAUAAUCUUCAAAAGACAAGUUAAUGCCGUGGGAAAAAGUAGGAAUCCAGAUGCAUGGGAAGAAACAAUGAAAUUUGGGGCUAUUUUGAAUAGCUUCCUACCAGGUAUACUGGCAAAUGUGGAGGCAACAAAAAGGUCAUUGCAAGAUGACACAUCACAAAAUGUUGAAGAAGUACAGAAAAUCAUAGGGUACCACUUCAAUGAUCAGAAUUUAUUGCAGCAAGCUUUUACACAUCCGUCGUAUCACAAGGACUAUAUAUCUUAUGAGCGGCUGGAGUAUGUGGGUGACUCGGUUCUUAACCUUAUGAUCACAAAAGAACAGUUUUCCAGGUAUCCAAAUCUUCCACCUGGGUUGUUGUCACCUCUACGUGCUGCAAAUGUUGACACGGAGAAGCUUGCGCGUGUUGCUGUUAACCAUAGCUUCCACAAAUAUUUACGGCAUGGAAGACCUAUCCUUGCACGACGAGUUUUAUACCUCUCCUCCCCGUCUCUUCCACUGGAUAAAUAUUAUCUAUAUUCACAGAUUCAAUCAUUCAUAAAUGUGCUUCCUGAUUAUCCAUUGCAUUCCCAUGGACUGAUAAAUGCUCCGAAGGUGCUUGCUGAUGUUGUUGAAUCAACAAUAGGAGCAGUAUUUAUUGACAGCAAUUCUUCAAUUGACACUACCUGGGAGGUGGCAAAGACUCUAUUAGAGCCCAUAAUUACACCGGAAAUGCUUCAAACAAAUCCGGUGAAGAAGCUCUAUGAGACCUGCCAGAAGCAUAAACUUAAAGUUCGAGUGGUCGAUAUGUGGUCACAUGAUGGGAGUUUUGAAGUUUUCAUUGACAAUCAAAUGAGGGGAAAAGGCAUGUGCCAUGUAAAGAAAGAAACUGCAUUAAAUAGAGCUGCAAACAAGGCAUAUUAUGAAGUUAUUGGAAUGCUAAGUGUUAGCAAUAUGAAGAUAGCUAAUAGCUAAUAUGGCAUUAGAUAUAGAACUAUGUCUCUAUUUUGUUCUUAUUGCAAGUCUACCAUUUUGGAUUCCCAAAUUGGAAUACAGACUCAUUGUUUUGAAAAUUCACAAGGCUCAUUGUUUUUAUCUAGUUAAUUUCUCGGAGGGUUAUUCAA